GUCUAGACUUGUAUUUUAGACAUGACCUGCGGCAAAACUUCACUGUAGCAAAAAACUGAAGGAGUGGAAACCUGCGAGAAGAACCAUGGCUGUAAGGCUCUGUGGAGUUCUUGUCCUCCUUACGUCUCUCCUCACUGGACUAAAUGCAUCAAGACCAGCUGUAAACCAGGAACUCUCCAAUCUCUUCAAUGAGCUGUGGAGGUUGGAUGUGAAUCGGAUGAGUCCUGGUGUAGAUUACACAAUCUCUGUUCAGGGAAGAGCCAGUUUUGUAAACCAGGGCAGCCAUGUUGUACAGGAUCAUGCCUCACUUCCUCUGUUCUCCAAUGUUAAUGAGAAUAAACUGAGGAACAUAACCACUUUCUCCAGGUUAACAAAUCUUCUGGACAACUAUGAGCGGACCACUGGCGUGGCUGAACGUGUCACAGCAGAGGAGCUGACCGAGACUAAUCUCUUCCUGGAUGCUGUCUUAGAGACUGAAGUCAUGAAGCGGGCUCAUAGGUAUCUGGUGAGCAAAGGAAAGUCCAGCUCUAACCUGCGCCUCUUUAAGAGUCAGCUGCACCUGAUCUGGUUCCACCUUUACCACAGACAGAGAAACACAGGCCUGGACUCCUGUGGAUUUGAGCAUGUCUUUGUUGGAGAGACAAAAUCUGAAACAGAAAUCAUUGGUUUUCACAACUGGGUCCAGUUCUACCUGCAAGAAAAAAACAGACAUUUGGACUACAAGGGCUACAAGGCCAGAAAUCAUGACCUUCCUGAUCAAGAUGACCACGUCCUGAACCUCCAGUUCAGCUGGCAUGGUUUGGUGAAGCCUGUUGGCAGCUCCUUUAUUGGGACCAGCCCUGAGUUUGAGAUGGCGGUCUUCACCAUCGUCUUCCUGAUGAACACAGACAGGAGCACCACAGUGCUGGUCAAUAUCGACCGGUGUCAGAUGGAGCUCGUGGUCAUAAGACACGGACGCUCCCUUGGGACGGCAUAUCCCAAACUGCUCAGCAGCAACAGCAGGCAUAUUAGACAGCACUCACACUGAGGUGGACAAUCCUGUGAUAUGCUCCUUCAUUUAAAAUAGCUAUAAAACUAAGAGGGAAUGUAUAUACGUACAGUGCUUAACAAAUUUAUUAGACCACCACCCAAAGUAAGGUUUAUGCCACAGCUGCCCUAAAUUAACAGCAUUGGUAAUUACCAAAAUCAUUUUUUAUGUUUCUGCAAUGGUUAAUAGAC